CUUAAGAUCUGUGCACCUUUUUGUAUGUAAAUUAUAUCUCAGUAGAAAGGUUUUAAAAAUGGACUUAAACUCCAGCAGGAAUUUAGGCAAGUUCCCAACAUGACAGACUUUAGAGAAAGUGAAUUUCCACCCAGGGAGAUUAAGGAUCCCCUUCUCUUGAGAACUUUAAACUAAGAAGAUCAUCUAUCUGUGCUGAAGGAGGAGGUGGUAAACUAGGGAACAAAUAAGAUGACCCCUCUUUUGGAGAGCCUUUCAAAGUCCCCCAUCCUCAAAAAUUCCUGUGUUCCUUCCCAGGGACAGAAAAACCUUCCUUACUGUCUAACUUCCAUUUCUCCAAUUGCAGUACUAGCCACUCCCUCUGCCCUCCAUGGAGCCCAGCCAGUCCCCUGACCUCAGACAAAAUAUCUUUAGAACCAUGUAGUUUGGAGUAUUGAGAGGGACCCUAUUUCAGCCUUCUCACCAUCUGUUCUCUCCCCCUCACCACAUUCUCUUCUUCUUUGGGAUGUCAAUUCCUGUUCUGAGCCCACCCCCCACCCAGGCCCUUUUUCCGGUGGUAUGUGCCAGCUGGUCCUGCAUCCCACAUCCCCAGCUGUUGACAUUUCACUGCCAUUACCCACAGGAUAAAGAAAGGGGCCCUGUUAUUCAACAAUAGGGGAAAAGACAGAGACAAUGGGAAAUUGUGCUUCCGAUGGGGUGGGGACAGAGAAGGAAAGGACAGACAGGGGGACUGGACAGAAGAGGUCAAGUUUCUUGAAGCAGCUGGAAGUCCUGGAAGUCUGGUUCCCACCUUGAAAGUCUCUUCCCAAAGGCAAUGCGCACCCAGGCACUGGAAGGCAGAGGUGCUCAAGUCCUGGGACUUUAAGGGGCUUGGACCUCCCAGGAGCCUGGGCAACACCUUCAUCCAGGACCUCUUCCUCAAGCAGGACAAAAAGCUGCUAAGCGUUGCUCCCCCUGUCUCUGUGAAGAGACCACCUUCUAACAGACAGUGCUGGGCUGAUUCCCCAUCAUGCCAGGCCAGUUCACUCUCCCCACAUUCUGCCGCUUCCUUCUCCCUUGGGCCUUCACCAUCUGCCUCAUAGCCCUGGGAGACCCAGCACCCCACCCGGGCCCCCACUACCUCCUGCCCCCCAUCCACGAGGUCAUUCACUCUCGUCGUGGGGCCACGGCCACGCUGCCCUGCGUCCUGGGCGCCUCGCCUCCCAGCUACAAGGUGCGCUGGAGCAAGGUGGAGCCCGGGGAGCUCCGGGAAACGCCGAUUCUGGUCACUAACGGACUGCACGCCCGGGGCUACGGGCCACUGGGAGGGCGUGCCAGGAUGCGGAGGGGGCAUCGGCUAGACGCCUCCCUGGUCAUCGUGGGCGUGCGCCUGGAGGACGAGGGCCGGUACCGCUGCGAGCUCAUCAAUGGCAUAGAGGACGAGAGCGUAGCGCUGACCCUGAGCCUGGAGGGUGUGGUGUUUCCGUACCAACCCAGCCGAGGCCGGUACCAAUUCAAUUACUACGAGGCGAAGCAGGCGUGCGAGGAGCAGGACGGACGCCUGGCCACUUACUCCCAGCUGUACCAGGCAUGGACCGAGGGUCUGGACUGGUGUAACGCGGGCUGGCUGCUCGAGGGCUCCGUGCGCUACCCAGUGCUCACGGCGCGCGCUCCGUGCGGCGGCCCAGGUCGGCCCGGGAUCCGCAGCUACGGGCCCCGCGACAGGAAGCGCGACCGCUACGACGCCUUCUGCUUCACUUCGGCGUUGGCAGGCCACGUGUUCUUCGUGCCGGGGCGGCUGACGCUGUCUGAAGCCCACGCGGCGUGCCGGCGGCGCGGGGCCGUGGUGGCCAAGGUCGGGCAUCUCUACGCUGCUUGGAAGUUCUCGGGGCUGGACCAGUGCGACGGCGGCUGGCUGGAGGACGGCAGCGUGCGCUUCCCCAUCACCACGCCGCGGCCACGCUGCGGGGGACUCCCUGAUCCCGGGGUGCGCAGCUUCGGCUUCCCCAGACCUCAGCAGGCGACCUACGGGACCUACUGCUACGCAGAGAAAUAGGGGCCCCCCACUCCCCCUUCCGCGCGCGCCAAAGCUUGGGAGUGGAUGCAGGGAUCUCUCGCCUCCCUUUCCUGCGAGCCUCCCCUCCCAUCAGACGAGGAGCGGCCCCUCCAGACCUGCCUUCCCAGCCGGGAGCUGCGGGCCACGGACCCCGGCUGGCCCGGCGUCGGGGAGGGGAGGUGGUUGCGCCCCCGGCGGCGGGGUGCAGAUACGACCUCCGGACCCACCGAUUGCAGACUCGGGGAGGUUAGCGUGCUCCCAGCAGAGGAGGCAGACACCGCUAGGGGGCGGGAAGGGUUCCCGGGGCAUUAACUGACCUCUGUGUACAGCAAUAAAAUAACUUGGGGACCUUC